CCACAGCAGUAAUGAUGAGGUGGUUAUGUUACCUGGCUUUGUCACUUAUCAGUGCCACAAGUGUCCAAGCCAGGCAGGUUCAAAGCCAUGUCAACAGCAUCUGCAGCACUUGGGGCAGAGAACACUUCAAGUCUUUUGAUGGCGACGUCUACCAGUUCCCUGGUCUCUGUGAAUACAACCUGGUUUCGCACUGCAAUGAGGCUUACCAGGAGUUCUCAGUGCACAUGAGGAGGAGCAAGAAGGACGGAAACCCAACAAUCAGAUAUUUAGCGGUCACCAUCAAUGACCUCUUAUUCCGCCUGACUAAGAGCGGCGUCACUGUGAAUGGGGAGCUCAUCAAAUUGCCAUACAAUAAUGCAGGAGUGACUCUGGAACAAAAUGCUGUUUACACCAAGCUCCAAGCCAAAGUUGGCAUUGUCGUCAUGUGGAAUGGAGAUGAUGCAGUCAUGGUGGAAGUGGAUAAUGACUAUGCCAAUCGAACUUGCGGACUCUGUGGAGAUUUCAAUGGCGUUCCAAUCUACAAUGAGUUCAUUAGUGAUGAUCGCAGAAUCGGCCCCAUUGAGUUUGGCAACAGAUAUAAAGUCCAUCUUCCUGAUGUUGAUUGUGAGGAUCCCGAUGAAGAGGACGAUCAGUCGCAAGAUGCAAUGACAGUGGUGGACACAUGCAAAGAGUUUCGCGGCACCUGUGAGCAACUGCUGCUUUCCAAGGGCUGGAGCUCCUGCACCUCUUUGCUGAACCCUGAGCCCUACAUCCAGGCCUGUAUCCAGGACGUAUGUGGCUGUGCCAACAUAACAGCUGAUUUGUGUGUCUGCAGUACUCUGUCAGAGUACUCUCGUCAGUGUUCCCACGCUGGAGGGAAGCCGCCCAACUGGAGAACACCUCAGUUCUGCACUAAGGAGUGCCCAUUCAACAUGGUGCAUGAGGAAAGUGGUUCACCUUGCAUUGAUACAUGUAGACACUCGGACACCAGCUCACUGUGUGAAGACCACAAAAUGGAUGGCUGCUUCUGCCCUCCUGACAUGGUGUUGGAUGAUAUUUCAGAGAGAGGAUGUAUUCCUCAGUCUGAAUGUCAGUGCAAACAUGACAAAGUCUACGACACAGGAGAGGUUUAUCAACAAGACAGCAAAGAGUGCACAUGCUAUGCUGGUAGAUGGUCUUGCAAAAGCAUACAAACCCCUGCUACAUGUGCAAUCGAAGAGGGUUCACACAUAACUACCUUUGAUGGGAAGGGGUACACCUUCCAUGGAAGCUGUUAUUACACCCUAGCUAAGGAUGGUUCAAGUCCAAAGUUUACCAUCCUAGCCCAGCUGGCACCAUGUGUGAGCCGUGAGUUCGACACCUGUCUUAAGGCUCUUAAGGUCCUGCUUGGAAAUGACAGAAACAAUGUUUUAGAGUUUCUUGCCAAAGGGACAGUAAGGCACAAUACGCAGUUCAUCAAUUUGCCAUAUCACACAGGGGACAUCAACAUUUUCCAGGCUUCAUCCUUUCACAUCAUGCUUCAGACCAGUUUUGGAUUGCAAAUCCAGAUCCAGCAUGUCCCCAUCAUGCAAGUUUAUGUGUCGCUAGACCCGAGCUACAAGACGAAGACGCGUGGUUUGUGUGGGAACUACAAUAGGGUCCAGUCUGAUGACAUGAAGACCCCUCAGGGGUUAGUGGAGGGCACAGCAGCUUCUUUUGGUAACUCCUGGAAGUCUAACCCCAGCUGCCAAGACAGGGAGGAGAGACUAGAUGAUCCCUGUUCCCUCAGUGUGGAAAAUGAAAGGUACGCUGAACACUGGUGCUCCUUACUAAGGAAUCCAAACAGCACUUUUGCCCAGUGUCAUGCAACAGUUGACCCUGAUGUAUACUACAAGAGAUGCGUCUAUUCUAGCUGUAACUGUGAGAAGAGUGAAGCCUGCCUGUGUGCCGUGUUCUCCUCCUAUGCACGAGCCUGUGCGUCAAAGAGAGUCUUCUUAACAGGCUGGAGACAGCAUGUGUGUGAUAAAUAUAUGAGGAGUUGCCCAGCGACUCAGACCUUCUCUUACAAGCUUCAGAGAUGUCAGCAGGCGUGUAGAUCCCUGGGUUCAGAGCAGCAGAGCUGCACUUCAGACUUCCUGCCUGUAGACGGUUGCUCCUGCCCUGAAGGACUCUACAUGGACGACAACGGCAUCUGCGUUCCCAUGGCAAAAUGUCCCUGCUAUCAUGAUGAAAUGCUCAUCAAGCCAGGAAAAUCAAUCAGAAUCAAAGAGGAGCACUGUGUGUGCACCAAUGGCCAGCUUCAUUGCCAUUCAUGGGGAAGCCACCCAUUAACAUGUCCACACCCCAAAGAAUACUUCAACUGCUCCAGUGCAAAAGCUGGGCUGCAGGGAGCACAGUGUGGUCUAAGUUGUAGAAAUCUGGACAGUGACGAAUGCUACUCUACAGAGUGUAAAUCUGGCUGUCGGUGUCCCAGUGGUCUUCUUGAUGAUGGCAAAGGUUUCUGUGUGAAAGAACAUGAAUGUCCGUGCCACCACGAUGGUGUCCUCUAUGCCCCAGGAAGAAAUAUCACAAAUCGGUGCAAUACCUGUAUCUGCAAAAGGGGCAAAUGGGAUUGCACAGAGAAAAAAUGCACAGGAACCUGUGUCAUUUAUGGCAGUGGCCAUUAUGAUACGUUUGAUCAGCAAACAUAUGGAUUUCAAGGAAAAUGUGCCUACAUUGCUGCCCAGAACAAAUGUGGCAACAGGACAGCCGAAAACUUCUUCCGAAUUAUAACAGAAAAUAUACCAUGUGGAACUACAGGAACUACCUGCUCCAAUUCCAUCAGAAUUCAACUGGGGAGAACUGAAAUCAAACUAGCAAAGGGCAAAUACCAGGAGGAAGACCUGCAUAAUGGCACUGAGAUAAAGUACAAAAUAAGGAAGGUUGGCUUGUUUUUCGUGGUUGAAUCCGACAUCGGCCUGACAGUGCUGUGGGACCGUCAAACAAUGAUCCGAAUCAUCCUACAACCCCAACACAAUGACCAGGUUUGUGGCCUGUGUGGAGAUUUUGAUGGAGAUGGGCAGAAUGACUUCACCACCCAGGGUCAGCUGGUCGUGAGCAGUGUCUUGGAGUUUGCGAACAGCUGGAAAGCCUCCAGUAGUUGCCCAGACGCAGUAGCAAAUGUUGACCCCUGUGAGGCGAGACCCAAUCGACAAAACUGGGCCAAAUUACAAUGCAGCAUCAUAAAAGGAGACACUUUUAAAAAUUGCCGCAACAAGGUGGACCACACUAAAUUUUAUGACAACUGCGUCAAAGACUCUUGUGCCUGUGAUACCGGAGGAGAUUGUGUGUGUUUCUGCACGGCAGUAGCAGCUUAUGCUCAAGCCUGUAGUGAGGCCGGUGUAUGUGUUGCAUGGAGAACCCCGGAAAUUUGUCCGGUCUUCUGUGAUUACUUCAAUGGCCCAUUCAACGCUACUGAAUGCCUUUGGCACUACCACCCUUGUCAUACACCUUGUUACAAGACCUGUUUGGAUCCACAAGGAAUAUGUAGCAACCCUUUACCCAACCUGGAAGGUUGUUAUCCAGUAUGCCCAGACGACAAACCCAUAUUUGAUGAGAAAAACCAGGAAUGUGUUGAGAAGUGUGAUGGCUGCUUUUACAAUGGGACUCGAUAUGAGGAGAAUGAAGUUAUAUACAAUGUGACUGACAAUUUGGGAAUCAAGCCAACUGAACCCUUUACUACACCUGAGGAAACAUCCACUCCCGUUGUUCUCACUACAACCACUUCACCACCUAAUAUAACAACAUCUGCAACAGAAAGCCCCACAACUACAACUACAAGCAAACCAACUGAACCCCCUACUACACCUGAGGAAACAUCCACUCCUGUUGUUCUCACUACAACCACUUCACCACCUAACAAAACAUCUACAACAGAAAGUCCCACGACUACAUCUACAAGCAAGCCAACUGAACCCCCUACUACACCUGAGGAAACAUCCACUCCUGUUUUACUCACUACAACCACAUCACCACCUAAUAUAACAACAUUUACAACAGAAAGCCCCACAACUACAUCUACAAGCAAACCAACUGAACCCCCAACUACACCUGAGGAAACAUCCACUCCUGUUCCAACUGAACCCCCUACUACACCUGAGGAAACAUCCACUCCUGUUGUACUCACUACAACCACUUCACCACCUAAUAUAACAACAUCUACAACAGAAAGCUCCACAACUACAUCUACAAGCAAACCAACUGAACCCCCUACUACACCUGAGGAAACAUCCACUCCUGUUGUACUCACUACAACCACAUCACCACCUAACAAAACAUCUACAACAGAAAGCCCCACAACUGCAUCUACAAUUGUCACUGGUCCCAAAGAGCCCACAGUGUCCACAGUACGUCCAGCGCCUCUUGUUGUCACCACUACUACUUUACAACCUACAUCAACACCAUUAACAACAAGAGUCACAUCCCCUACAUCAACUGAAGUGUCAUCACAUCCCACUGUUGUGACGACAACAACUUCAUCAUCUAGUAUUACGUCCCCACACACAUCCACUACUGAGACUUCAUCAGCACCUGGACAAUCUACCACACCUCUCACAUCAGGAACGACAGAAUGCUUCUGUAUUGUUGAUGGCAAACAUUAUCGGCCAGGGGAGGUAAUAUUUGACAAGAAACACAUUGGAUCAGGUAUAUGUCUCACAAUGAUAUGCUCUGAUGUUUGCGAGAUUCACAAUGAGACUAGCCCUUGUUCGUCAACGCCUGCACCCGCUCCCACACCCUAUGUUCCCACCUGUCCUGAAUGGGAUAAAGGGCAAAAUGAGACAUUUUUCAUUUGCAACUGCACACUGGCCAGAUGCAUUGAGAACAACACAAUUGAAAUCAUUUCAUAUGAGUGUCCACCCCUUAAGGAAAUCACUUGUGCUAAUGGAAAGAAACCGGUUAUUGUGCACAAUGAAACCAAUUGCUGCGACUAUUACGCUUGUGACUGUAAAUGUGAAGGUUGGGGAGACCCCCAUUAUAAAACAUUUGAUGGCCUUUACUACACUUAUCAAGGAAACUGUACCUAUGUCUUAAUGGAGGAAAUUGUCCCGAAACACGGCUUAUCAAUUUAUAUUGACAAUGUUGUCUGUGAUGUCACUGAAGCUGUGUCAUGUCCUCGAUCAAUCAUUGUAGCCUAUCGGUCACAAGUUAUCACACUCAUAAAUCAUAAUCUCAUUGGAGCAGUUCAAAUGGAGGCUGUCCUUAAUGGAACUGGUCUGAAAUUACCCUUUUCAAGUCAAGGCAUUAAGAUUGUAAACACGGGGCUUUCGCUGGUUUUGGAAAUCUCUGAAUUCCAAGUUGUAGUUGCUUUUGGAUUGACCGGAUUUGGUGUCGACCUUCCAUUUAAAUACUUUGGCAAAAACACACAGGGCCAUUGUGGAACGUGCAACAACAACCAGGCUGAUGACUGUAUGUUACCGGAUGGCCAACUUGUUGAAAGUUGUGCUGUAAUGGCAGACUACUGGCUGGCAAAAAUCAUUCCUCAGCCCAGUUGCCAGAUACCAACCAUCCUCACAACUGUGGUUCCAGAAAUAAAGAGACCAUGCAAAUCAAGCUCUGUAUGUGAUCUGCUUAAAAGCGGGGUGUUUAAAGAAUGUCAUCCACUCAUCUCUCCCGACUCGUUCUAUCAGGGCUGCACUUUUGAUAGCUGUCAUACUGCAAAUGCAGAAAUGCAGUGCACGAGCUUGCAAAUGUAUGCUGCUCUCUGUGCUGAGGCAGGGGUUUGCGUCCACUGGAGGAACCACACCACACUCUGUGCAAGUAACUGCCCGUCAGACAAAAUUUACAAGCCAUGUGGUCCAGUAGAGCAGCCAACCUGUGAAGACGAACCUGAAACAUCCACUAUGAAUGUCACUAUGGAGGGCUGCUUUUGUCCUGAUGGCUUGACGCUCUUCAACAAAGCGUCCGGGAUAUGUGUUAAUAAAUGUGGAUGUCUCGAUGUGGCCCACGUCCCACGUGAGUUUAACGAGAGCUUUGAGCAAAACUGCCAAAACUGUGUUUGCGAGGAGUCCACCAAGUCUGUGACUUGUAAGCCGAAGGUGUGCUCAGCACUGCCCGUGGCCAAUUGCACGGAACCAGGAUACAUCCCUAUCAACCAAACUAAUCCGGAAGACCCUUGUUGCACCUCUUCUGUUUGCCGAUGUGACAGCAGGACUUGUCCACCCAUCAAAACAAAAUGUCCAGUUGGAUACAUGCAAUCAGUCGCCAUCCCCGGUGGAGGGUGCUGCCCACAACUCACCUGUGACCGUAAAAGAGUUUGUGUUCAUGAUGGCGUGGAACACCAGCCUGGUGCUUUAGUCAACGUGUUGGACUGUCACGACUGCGUCUGCAGCAGCAAAGAGCUGGACCCCAACAAUGGUCUUUUGAAAGUAGUCUGUCAGAUUCAGCAGUGUGACCAGAAAUGCAAACCGGGAUAUACGUAUGUCACUGAUUCAGACGAAUGCUGUGGGAGAUGUGUACAGACCCACUGUGUCCUCAAUGUCAGUGGAACUGAGAAGCUCUUGAAGUCAGGAGAAACCUGGUCACCUCCUGAGAAUAAAUGCAAGCAAACCUCAUGCACCAGAAGUGGUGACAGUUUGAUUACAACUAUUUCAGACAUUAUCUGCCCACUGUUCCAGCAGAGCAACUGCCAGCCUGGCACAAUUCAGACUGCUGCAAAUGGCUGCUGUGAAAUUUGUGUUGAGAAAGACAAGGUGUGUAGGAUAGGGUCAAUGAGGACCUUCAUUAAACACAAUGGCUGCCAGUCUAAUGAGGAGGUAGACGUGCCGUAUUGUGAAGGACAGUGCAACACAUUCAGCAAGUACUCCGAAAUGGCAGCCAUGAUGCAGCACACUUGCUCUUGCUGCAAGGAGUCACGAUACAGCAAUCGCACCAUUGAGUUGCAUUGUCAGAAUGGCAGUGUAGUAACUCAUGCAUACAUGCACGUGGAGGAGUGCGGCUGCAGCCACACAGACUGCACCCAACCUGCUGAACGUCCUGCCCGCAAGAGACGCAGCUUCACAUUGUUUUAAUGGAAACGCUACAUGCCACCAUUUCUCGAUACAUAGAGAAGUUAACCUGCUUUUGCUUUUCCCCUAUCUUUUAUGCUGAACUUUUAAAAGCAAUUUUCAGCAAAAACAAUGCGUCAUAAAAACUGCAACUCUC